CGUGACACAAUUCACUAAUGUAGCUCGGUCUGGCCCUUUAAGAGGAAAAAGGUUGUCCAGCAGUGGCGGAGAGCAGCCCGGAGCCACUGCAGCAGAAGCUCAGCUGCUUACCUGAGAGGAGCAGACAGGACGGCCAGCUCCCCCGCUCACCACAUCACAACAACCCGUGCUGCGGAGGGAAUGGGGGGUACCUAGCCCGUUAGCUAACCAGCUAGAUUAUCCGAGAAGCGGGGGGAGCUAACCGCAGCAUAUCAAGAUGGUAUCCUGGAUUAUUUCAAGGAUAGUUGUCCUUGCCUUUGGGACGCUCUAUCCAGCAUACUCCUCAUACAAGGCUGUUAAAACGAAGAAUGUGAAAGAAUAUGUGAAGUGGAUGAUGUACUGGAUAGUGUUUGCAUUGUUCACCACGGCGGAGACAGUCACAGACCUGCUUUUAUCAUGGUUUCCUUUUUACUUUGAGCUGAAGAUUGCCUUUGUCAUCUGGCUCCUGUCCCCAUACACUAAGGGCUCCAGCGUUCUCUACCGCAAGUUUGUUCACCCCACUUUGUCCAACAAAGAGAAGGAGAUAGAUGAGUACAUAACACAGGCCAAAGACAGGAGUUACGAGACCAUGAUGAGGUUUGGGAAGAGGGGUCUCAACCUGGCUGCUAACGCUGCUGUCACUGCAGCCACCAAGGGGCAGGGUGUGCUGUCAGACAAGCUGCGUAGUUUCAGCAUGCAGGACCUGACUCUGAUCAACGCCGAGGACGAGCUUGCUCUGCGCUCCUCGGACACCCGCAUGAGACGGGACCCCAUGGACGACAUGAGCUCAGGGGCCAGUACUCUGCCCCGAGCCAAGAGCACCGCUACACGGCAGUCAGCCCGCUCUGUGGUGGCCAUGUCCAUUCCCGAUGACACGUCAUCCCAGCACAGCUCAGACCAGUCAGACACAAGGACUGAGCAUUCUGAUGAGGACGCAGGGGAGAAGGCCGCCAAGCGCAGCGCCAGUGUCAAGACAACCAAGAAACCUGCCGCUGCCAAGACAGAGACUCAAACCAAGACGGUGAAGAAGCAGACAAAGAAAAAGACCACGGCUAGUAAUGCAGAGACGCCAUGAGGCCUGCUGUCCACGUCCACCGGCUUAGACUCUCUCCUCCCACAGCCAGCAGCCCCUUGUCUAUCUCCAGUCUCCACACACACACACACACACAGACACACACAGAUAAAGAGAGGAGAUUGUGCCACUCUUGCUGGUGUUUAAUGAAAAGUGCAGGUCUAGGUUUUAACAGUACAUGGCCAGCCUCAUGACAUUAACAGUUCUUUUACAUUCAUUGGAUUGUUGCUUGCUUUGUCUUAGUCUUUACUAUGAGCUUAUCUCAGACUUUACAGUAAGUUUUUUUUUUUUUUUUUUUUUUUUUUUAAGUCAGAGUAUAGCAGUGAUUUACUAUUUCACUUUGCUUUUUCCUGUGCUCUCCAGACUUUUGGCUCCCUAUAGUAGCCCAGUGAAACCCACUCCUGAGUAUGUGUGUAGCUUCCAGCAUCAUAUUAAUCUCAAGUGUGUGUGUGUAUUCACAUUCCUUUGGUCAUAGUGUGACGUUAUAUGGACCAUUUUUAAAGGAGCAGUAUAUAUAUAAUAUUUUUUUUUUUAAAACAUGGGGCACAGACGAGAUAAGCAAUGGUAAAGGUAAAGAUGCACCACUGGUAGAAUGACAUUCUUUUGCAUGGGGGGUUUUCUUGGUUAUUCUAAGACUUGGCUUAUACUUGGGGCUCAGCUGUCUCCUUUGAGCUACUCUUCCAGCAUUUUAGUAAAACAAAAAAAAGAGGAUGAGAAACAUUUCCUUUCUCUUCCUGUCAGUGUAAGCAGGUUCUCAUCUGAUCCUGUCAGAGAUGGAGAGAUGAUCUUUUCUGGAAGACAUACGAUAUCACCAAGGCAUUUGGCUUUAGCUGUAUGCCCAUGCCAUGGCUGGUGUCCCUGCUUUUGUACUGAGGAGUAAGAGGGGCAGCAGGCUGACAAAAACAUUUAGUUCUGAGCUGACAAGAUUUUUAUUUUUAUUUUUAUUUUUCAUUUUACACCUUAGCUAUCUUCAACAAUCACCAGGUCCAAAACUGUACUAGUUAUUAUACAGCACUAUUUCUGAUGACGUCAACUCAAAAAGCCUGCUCUCCUUAUUUUGGUUGUUUGUUUACUUACCUCAGAAUUGACAUGGAGCAUUGUUGAUCCCUUUGACUGCAGUUUAGCCCCCACGGCUUUUACACUGUUAACUUGCGGUUAUUUGGGAGGGGUUGGUAAAGUGUAGCUUCCUUUCACCAAAUCUUCAUACCUCUGAGUGAGCCUGGCUCUACUAAGUUUAGGUCUCAUCUCUGGAGACUCCAUAGAUCUCAUACUUAAAUGUGACUAUCAAGUCGCGUACUGCUGCAAAAGUGAUUUGUCUAGAGCUGGCGUGGCGAUCCUUCAUCUAGACAUUUCUCUAGUUGUAUUUAUCCAUGAUUAUUAACUGCUAAGUCUCUACUAUCCAGCUGAUUUGGUCAUAACGUAUAUUCAGUGAAUAUGACAGAGCUGUGCAUUGCCCGGCCCCUUGAUUUUUAGGUAACGCUGUCGGUCAGUGAUGACAGCAGUGUUUUUCAGUAGAUAGUCAUAGAUGAGAUGCCUCUGUGUACGUGGGGUAACAUGCAAUCUCCUCUCACUACAGUGAUGAUACCUUGUAUUUUGUUUGUGUUUUACAUUAGAAAGACAUGAAGUAGCUUUGCACUCUGUUGGUCCUUUUAACCCAGCUGUGACUUGAGCGAUGCCAUAACACAAUGCCUCAUAGAUCAUAGAUUGUAGAAGCCAGGAAGAAGCAAAGCAAUAUGCGAAUGGCUUGAUCCAAAACCACAUCAAGAUACUGGGAGCAAUCAUUUGCUAAUACCCACCCAGUCAUUUCAGAUCUGGAGGGAGUGGUAAACUAGGCUGUAGGUAUCUCUAAACAGACUGGACAUUUGUUUUAGGCUUGGUUCUUUUGGGGGCAUGCUGUUGAAUUGGGCGUGAUUUCUUUUGGAGUGCUCUGUAAUGAGUGAUUGAAAGCAUGAGACACUUCUGCACUCGUUGCUGCUGUCAGCAGUGUGACACUAGUUUGAACCAGUAGGGGGAGACAUACCCCACACAACCGUUGGUAAAGAUGCUUAACAAAAAUGUAAACACAAUGUAAAUAGUAUCCUUGACUGUAUAAAUGAGCUUGCUUGCCUUAUUCAUUUUCUUGUAAAGCUUAGUUUUUCUUUCUUUUUUAAUCAUUUUUGGUCGCUGUUGUUUUUGUUUUUAUUUAAAUCUGAAUUGACAAAUCAUAUGUUAUAAAAUGGGAGGAGGCUCGGCCUUCAUUGUGGUUUCAUUUUGUGGUUUUAAUUAAAUCACCUCAGUGUUUGUACUUGAGACAUUUUAACUGUACCAGAACAUCUCAAACACAAGAUAGAGAAUCCCCCAGACCUCAGCAGCCAAGCCUGGCUUUAAUUUUGUACAUUCACUUCCUGUUAAGUUAGCUGCUCAGGCUGGUUGCAGGUUCUCUGAAAGGCAAAUAAGGAGGUGACUAAGCUUGGUUUUAAUUUAUUUUAGGUUUGCACUGAAGAAAACAUGGCACAUAAUUGACAGUUCUGCUGUCACCAAGAUACCACUCUGCAUUUUGACUUGUGUUCAAUUCCUUUUUGCAUAUUUAAUUUCCUGUGUGUUUGGAAUCAGUAUUAUUGUAUGCAGGGACUUUUGUGAGAGAAUAUUCAACAUUAGUAUAUUGUUUGUGCCAAUUCUAAAUACUCCACUGUAAUAAAGGAUAACAAGUUUGUGUGCUGGGAUAAUGGUAUCUAACAUGGUCAUGUACCAGUAACAUACUACUAAUAAAGAAAAAUAAAACAGUAA